AUGGCUUCCACCAUGGAUACUAUUGAUCCUAAGGAAAAAGAUAUGAAUGUCCAGGAGAAACAUAUUCACGAGAAGAAGCAUCACUAUGAGCCCAAUUCUGAUUCUGAUGCGGACUCUCAAAUCGAUAUCUUGCGAGCUGCCGGUAUAGGGAUCGCUGAAGAUGAUCCCACUGAACCAAUACUCACUCUCCGUAUGUGGGUGCUUGGAAUUCUCUUCUGUAUUGUCAUCUGCGGGUUGAACACUUUGUACACACUCCGUACACCAUCCUUGACAAUCACGGGCUCUGUGGUCCUCUUGUUGGCCUACCCCCUAGGAAGACUAUGGGAGAAGAUUGUCCCAGACUGGACUGUCCCAUUGGGAGAUUUGUCUUUCGAGCUUAACCCGGGACCAUUCAAUACAAAAGAGCACACUUUGAUCUACGUCAUGUCCAAUCUCAGCAUCUAUGUCCGUCUCGGUGCCGAUGUUCUCACAGAGCAGCAAAUGUUCUACGGUUACAAAGCAGGAUGGGGAUUCCAAAUUCUUAUCACUUUUUCCACAUUCCUCAUUGGGUUUUGCCUAGCUGGGCUAUUCCGGGCAAUUGUCGUUGUACCCAAGGAGUUAAUUUGGCCAGGAGUUUUGAGCGUCACUGCCUUGACCACCACCCUCCACCAUGUCAGUCAAGAACAGGUGCAAUCACGAUUGGUCCCAACACCUAAUGGCUGCGCUGACAGUUUCGAAGGGAGCCAGGUUUCUUACGUCGGAUCUCCUCUACUCAUUCCCUCGUGGGCCAUUCUCAACGUCACUGUUUCUCUGGUUUUCUGGAUCUGGAUUGUGGCUGUUGCUUGUUACUACACAAAUGUUUGGAAUACAGGAUACCUCCCCUUUCAAAGUUCAAAAGUAUUCGACAAUACCGGAGAUAUUUACAAGGUCAAGACAAUUGUCAAUGCGGCCUCCGGUUAUAAGCUUGAUGUCAAAAAGUAUCUCGCCUACUCACCGGUCUAUAUGCCUGUGACCUACGCGUUGAACAUGUUUGGACUAUCGUUCGCAACGCUGAGUGCACUUCUUGUUUGGGUAAUUCUUGAAAAGCGGCACGUUAUGGCCGAUGCAUUCAGACGUGUGCCUAAGCUGGUAGUUGAAUCCCUUCCACGCCGCUCCAGGGCGCACAGCGAAGAUGACAGAGGAGACCCUGAUGUUCCUCUUUGGUGGUAUUUGGUUUGUUGUGUUCUGGCAUUGUUCAUGGCGAUGUUCGCAGUUGAGUGGUGGGAUGUCGAUCUUAGGUGGUACGGUGUUCUGCUGGCAUGUGUUGUUGCACUCGUAUUCUAUCCUCCGCUUGCUCUGGUCUAUGCGACUGCCAACCUCAAGAUCAAUAUUGAUAUUUUCUGCCGCAUUGUUGCUGGUUUUGUAUUUGAGGGCAAGGUUCUGGCUAAUAUUUGGUUCUUUGAUAUCGGAUACAUCACCACUAUCAAAGGUCUUUACUUUGCCCAGGACAUGAAACUGGCCUACUAUUGUCACAUUCCUCAACGGAAAUUAUUCUUGGUCCAAUUUGUUGGAAUGAUUGUUGGCACACUCUCAUCACUCGGAGUCCUCAACUGGGCUCUCAACCAUAUCAGCGGUAUAUGCACCAGUGCCGCCGUCAAUGGUUUCACCUGCCCCUACUCCAGCACACACUUUAACACUUCUUUGAUUUGGGGUGCUGUGGGACCUCGUCGCUAUUUCUCAAAUCAGAUUGGCUACUCCGCUCUACUGUAUUUUUUCAUCAUUGGCGCCGUCCUGCCUAUUCCCGUCCACUUGUUAAGUCGCCGCUAUCCUAACUCGCUGUGGAAGAAGAUUCAUAUCCCUCUAUUUAUCGGUGGUUUGAACUACCUGCCCCCUGCGACCGGAAUGAAUUACGGUAGCUGGGCAGUAGUUGGGUUGACCUUUGGUUGGCUUAUCCGCAAGCGACUGCAUGGCUGGUGGAGUAAGUACAACUUUGUGCUGAGCUCCGCGAUGGACUCUUCCGUGGGAAUUGCGGGUGUGGUAAUCUUCUUGACGAUCUAUUUCACUGGAGCUAGCGAACAUUUCAGCUGGUGGGGAACAGAAGUGUACAAAAACACCUGUGACUGGAAAGGCUGCCCGAAUCUAUCUCUCCCGAAGGGUGGGAAGUUUGGCGAGUAA